AUGAAGUUUUAUGAGCUUCCUUCGAUUCCUGGCUCUUCUAGAAUCAGGGGCUGGUCUCUCACAGCCUUCUGUGCCUUUGUAUGCGCAAGUGGUUUCUUGCUUUUCGGUUAUGAUCAGGGUGUCAUGUCAUUGCUGAUCACAGAGCCCAUGCUGGCCACAAGCAUGCCCAAAAUCGCCUCUUACAGCCCAAAUGGUGCUAACCAAGAAGAAUACUAUGCCAAGCACAACGACGAUCCUGUUGAAUACCAUCCUGAAGCCUUUGACGCCAAUGUUCAGGGUGCUGUUGUCAGUUGUUAUGAGCUUGGAUGUUUGAUUGGGUCUGGUUUUGUGCUUUUCAAGGGUGAUACGCUUGGUCGUCGUUGGUGUGUGGUGAUUGGUUCGAUUAUCAUGAUUAUCGGCACGAUCAUCAUGGUGGCCGAUGACCAUAUGUCCACUUUCAUUGUCGGUCGUAUUAUCGCUGGUGUGGGUAAUGGUUUAAAUACUGCAACCAUUCCUAUGCUUCAGUCCGAGCUUUCGAGGCCGCAGUACCGUGGUUUGCUUGUGUUUAUUGAGGGCGCCUUGCUUGCUGGUGGCGUCAUGCUCUCGUAUUGGAUCGACUUCGGUUUCUUUUUCCUUAAAUUCAACUCGGUUCAGUGGCGUUUCCCUAUUGCCUUCCAGAUUGUCUUUGCCAUGAUUCUUCUUUUCGGUGUCUUGGUUAUGCCGGAAUCACCCCGUUGGCUUGUCAAAAAGGGUCGUAAAGAGGAUGCUAACAAGGUGCUUAGCCAGCUUUACGACCGCCCGCUUGACGAUGCUGAGGUGCAACAGGAACUUAACACGCUCAUGGAUACUAUCCGCAAGACUGAAAUGGAUUUGGGUCCGUUCAAGCUCAAAGAGCUGGUUACAAACGGACCUCACCAAAACUUUUACCGUUUGUUGCUUGGUUGUGGCUCUCAAUGUAUGCAGCAAUGGACUGGUAUCAACAACCUGACGUAUUAUGCUAGUACGGUGUUCAAGAUGGUUCAGCCUGAUGAUGUCGCAAGUCGUGCGCUUGUUGCCAGUAGCGGUAUCUUGUAUUUCAUUGCCGCCUCUUGCGCCAUCUUCUUUAUUGACAUUGCCGGUCGUCGAAUGCUAAUGAUCUGGUGUGCAUGCGGUAUGAUGAUUUGCUUUGCUAUCAUUGCGGGUAUGGUUCAGAUGGUCAAGCACCCUGAAUAUACUCCUGGGGGCGACACUAAGUCAUACGGUAAGGUGGCUGAGGCUUUCAUUUACUUGUACUUCAUUCCUUGGUCCCUCGGCUGGCUCGGUAUGACUUGGCUCUACCCUGCUGAAAUCAACCCUAUUCGUACUCGUGCACCCGCCACCGCCUUGUCGACUUGCACGAACUGGCUGAUGAACUUUACUGUCGUCAUGAUCUCGCCACCUGCCUUUGAAAAUUUGGAGGGUCACACAUUCACUAUGUUUGGUGCUUUCAACCUGAUCUUUAUGCCGAUUGUUUACGUAUUCUACCCUGAAACCAAGCGCCGUGGUCUUGAAGAAAUGGACUUGUUCUUUGCUGACGCGCACAAGGAGGGCUUCUGGAAGGCUAGUCGCUUCCAGACGACCGCUGUGUACCUAUCUGUUACCCGCCCUUACCUUACCUCUGAGGAAGUUGACGCUAUCAUUUCUCAGCGCGAAGACCUUGGUGGUAGCCGAUUCAACAAACCAGCCAUCACUAAUGAUUUGGAUGCCAUUGAGCCGGAGGAAGAAGGGCUGCAGGCCUAG